AUGAGAGAACAACUCCGCCUGCUCUGUCUCCUCUCCUUCGUUUGCGUCGCUGCGGGGGCAGGGCGGGGUGGUGCGGUGGGGGCGCGGCGCGCGGGGAUCGAGGGGGAGACGACGAUCCCCUCACCCCACACACCAGCAGAGGUUGUAAGAGAAGGGCCUCAGGGGCCCUUCACUGCUGCUACACAAGUAGGAGGAUCCCCAGGUUCCCCCAAGGUGCAGCAGCAGCAGGAGCAGCACAAGAAGACGCAGCGGCUGCAGCGGCACGAGGCCCGUCCUGCUGCACCGGGGGGCCCCCCAGGGGCCCCCCCCCUACCUGGAGGGUCCAACGAGCAGGCGCCUUGCUUCCUGCACCGGGGGGCCCCCCAGGGGCCCCCCCCCUACCUGGAGGGUCCAACGAGCAGGCGCCUUGCUUCUAGGGACCUCUGUGAGGGGGUGUUCCCUGGUACCGCGCAGCAGCAGCAGCAGCAGCAGCAGCAGCAGCAAAGGGCACCAUAUCCUAGCUUACCGGGGCCCUCUGGGGGCUAUAUGGAGACAUCAGGACUAGCCCCGGGUUCAGCGGGGUCCCCUUGGUCUACACCAGCAACAGUCACCUGGGGGCCCCCGGAGACCUCGGGGCCCCAAGUCCCCGCAGCGGCUGCAGGGCCUGCAGCGCCUGCAGGGCCUGCAGGGGCUGCAGGUGCGUGGGCCCCGGGGCCCACUGGGGCCCCUGGUGCCGCGGGGGCCCCUGGUGCCGUUGCAGCCCCCGUGGUCGCGGGUCCUUCAGGGGCCCCCGGGGCCCCCGCAUCGGGCGGGUUCCUAGCACCGCCUGCUGCUGCCCCGGUUGCCGUGACUGCCGCUGGGGGGGCCCCGGCUCAGGCUGGGUAUGGUGGUGCGGCUGCUGCCCCCCAGGGGCCCCCACGUCCCCCCCCGCUGCCGGAGGAGGACUUCUGGUCUCGGUUCCUCGGCAUCCCGUCGCCCACGGGGGCCCUAGGAGACUGCUUUCGGGACUGCUGGCGUUUCUUAGAGAAUUUAUUUUGGUGCUGCUGCUGCGACGAUGACACCCCGCCGGGGGCCCCUGGUGCCGCGGGGGCCCCUGGUGCCGUUGCAGCCCCCGUGGUCGCGGGUCCUUCAGGGGCUCCCGGGGCCCCCGCAUCGGGCGGGUUCCUAGCUCCGCCUGCUGCUGCCGCGGUUGCCGUGGCUGCCGCUGGGGGGGCCCCCCCUCAGGCUGGGUAUGGUGGUGCGGGUGCUGCCCCCCAGGGGCCCCCACGUCCCCCCCCGCUGCCGGAGGAGGACUUCUGGUCUCGGUUCCUCGGCGUCCCGUCGGCAACGGGGGCCCUAGGAGAGUGCUUUCGGGAAUGCUGGCGUUUCUUAGGGAAUUUAUUUUGGUGCUGCUGCUGCGACGAUGACACCCCGCCUCGUCCCCCAGCUAAUCCUGCUGCUGCUGCUGCAGCAUCAGCAGCACACGGGAUAGAGGAGACACGGCGGCUGAUGGAUUCAGCAGGAAAACCAGAACCCUCUUUGCUGGGGCCUGGAUGGGAUGCUGCUGCUGUGGGGGGCCUCGGGGUGUUUGAUGCCCCUAUGGGUGGUGGUGGUGGGCCCCACCGACCCUCGCUGCUGGGGCCCUCUUCUCCGUUCGCGCCUCCGACUGGCUUCGGGCUGGGUACUGCUGGUGACGCUGCUGCAGGCCAGGUGGGGGGGGGCCCCAUGGGGUACCCUCAUAUGGGUGCAGGGGGGGGGGCAGCUAUGCCGUACGCAGUCAGGCCCCCGCAGCAGGGGCCCCCGCCCCCGCAGCAGGGGCCCCCUCCACAGCCGCAGGGGGCCCCCCAACCACCACAGAUGUACCCACCGCCACAGCAACAACAGCCGGCCCCUCCACCACAGCAGCAGCAGCAGCAGCAGCAGCAGCAGCAGCAGCCACCGGCUCCAGGUUCCGGCAGAAAGAGCAGCAGCAGCAGCAGCAGCAGCGACUAG